AUGAGGGGCACCCCACUGACCCAUCUUCUGGCCAUCUCCUUCUUCUGCCUACCCUCAAUGGUGUGUGCCCAGCUGUGCCCAGCGUCCUGUACUUGUCCCUGGACACCACCCCAGUGCCCACCGGGGGUGCCCCUGGUGCUGGAUGGCUGUGGCUGCUGUCGAGUGUGUGCACGGAGGCUGGGGGAGUCCUGUGACCAUCUGCGUGUCUGCGACCCCAGCCAGGGCCUGGUUUGUCAGCCUGGGGCAGGCCCCAGUGGCCGGGAGGCCCUGUGCCUCUUGGAAGAGGAUGACGGAAGCUGUGAGGUGAAUGGCCGCAGGUACCUGGAUGGGGAGACCUUUCAGCCCAAUUGCAGGGUCCUCUGCCGCUGUGACGACGGUGGCUUCACCUGCCUGCCGCUGUGCAGCGAGAAUGUGAGACUGCCCAGCUGGGAUUGCCCACGCCCUAGAAGAGUAGAGGUGCCUGGCAGGUGCUGUCCCGAGUGGGUGUGCGACCAGGGAGCGAGGCCAAGGAUCCAGUCUUACACCGCCCAAGGACACCAACUUUCUGGCCUCGUCACUCCUGCAUCUGCUGAUGUCGCCUGUCCCACAUGGAGCACAGCCUGGGGCCCCUGCUCAACCACCUGUGGGCUGGGGAUAGCCACCCGCGUAUCCAACCAGAACCGAUUCUGCCAGCUAGAGAUCCAGCGCCGCCUGUGUUUGUCCAGACCCUGCCUGGCUGCCGGGAGUCGCAGCUCAUGGAACAGUGCCUUCUAG